AGCGCCGGGUAACCUCGUUUCCGCGUGUCUAGUGCCUAUUGUGACAGCUGUCAUAGAGCAUCGUAGAGGAAAGAGUUACGCUGAUGCGUGCCCGCGAUCGUGCCACUCGCGUGUAAACAACCCUCUUCGUCGCGAGCGAGCCCGCGCGUAAGCGACAAGCCCCUCUGUCGACGUCGCGCCUACCGUCUCGACCCGCGACCGGAUCGUUUUAAUUCUCCUGCCGUCUCGAGCGACGAUAUACGCGGUGAAGGAUGACAAUGGGCGAUGAGACCCCGGUUACAUCACUGGUUCUUCCCGUCAUAUUAAGGCCAAUAUUAACCAAGUUGGAAAGGCAAAAUGUCAUGGCAGCGCAGACUCUCCGCGCGGCUCUCUCGAAGGCGGAGAGUUCGCACCCUGGGAUUACGUACGACUUGAUUAUGGGUAUAAUACGCAGAGCGGAGCUGAAUCUUGAUAUGAACGAGAGUGUCCUGCGACUGCAGGGCGCCGCCUCCGAUUACGACGUGGUGGAGUAUCGUUCAGCACGUUCCGAAGACGCAUUUCAAGAACUGAAUCGCAAGUCGACUUCCCUAAAGAGAAUACUUAGCAGAAUUCCCGACGAGAUCACCGACAGGAAGACUUUCCUAGAGACUAUCAAAGAAAUUGCGAGUGCAAUAAAGAAGCUUUUGGACGCUGUCAACGAGGUUACCGCAUUUAUACCCGGUUCAACUGGUAAACAAGCCUUAGAUCAACGCAAGAGAGAAUUUGUGAAAUACAGUAAAAGGUUCAGCAAUACAUUGAAGGAGUACUUCAAGGAGGGACAAGCAAACGCAGUAUUUGUCAGUGCACUGUACCUGAUACACCAAACAAAUAUGAUUAUGCUCACAGUGAAGGACAAGUGUGAGUAAAUAACUGUACAAUGAAUUUCCAGUGUUGUAUGUGAUAAUAUCACAAGAGUCAGAUAAACCUUAAAUAUUACAAUCUGCAUAACAUCCUAAUCUCACAUAUAUUCUAUUAUACAAGCAAUGAUAAGAACUUAAAUAUCCGGUAUAGAGGAUUUUAACAUCAUUACGUUACCGUUAAUCGGUUGCACUAUAGUUUUUGUUAAAUAUAUAUAUAGAGAUAUAUAAAGUAAUAAAGAUGUUGGGGUAUAUUAUUCCACAAAUUAUAUAUUUAUACUUUUAUUUUGUGCCAACGUCAUAUUAAUCGUCAAUUCUUAUUGUAAUGGUCAAUAAUAGUAUAUACAAAUAUUGUUCAAAUAUGAAAACGAUCUUGUUGUUAUAUAUAUAUAUAUGAGAAUAACAUGUGGUAUAUAUAUAUAUAUAUAUAUAUCCUUUUAUCUUCUCAAGACUCUAAAGAGUAUAAAGUAU